AUGGCUCAUAUCAACCGCAGCACACGACGACAUAGACGUCUCAAUCAACUAGCUCAUAAUGGUGUUGCAGAUGUCAAAACCACAUCAUAUGACCAUGAAUCAGGUGUUGCCUACGAUGAACUUGAGAUCAGUGGUAGUAGAGGUGCAGGCAAUUGGAUCAGCGAGUAUAGAUCGCCAGGAUUGGUUCAUGCAAGGGCGAAGCCUAACGAUCAACAGGGGGCAAGAAGUCUUUCAGCUAUGGUGAUCAACAGGAUCAGAUCAUUGUCACAAGAUCUUACGACAGAAGCUCUGCGCUCUUUACCUUGGGCAUUAGGGGAAACUAUCUGGAAGCGUAUACAAGAAGAUCGUGCACAGAGCUUCUACAUUUGGCGUACGUUCGCAAGUGCCUAUAGCCACGAUUUCGCCAGCAAAGCAAAUCGCUACAUGCUGGACCUUAGAACACCAUCACUAAAGCUCACUGACUAUUAUCGCGGUCUAGACUCCAUGGAGCUCGAUUGGCUCACAUGCCUUCGUCUUUCGCCGAAACAGAUUGGUGUACCUGACCUCGUUGCUGUAUCAACGAUUAGCAAUCUCACCGUACUCGACCUAUCGGAUGGUCAGCUUUAUAUCGAUAACCGCGAAUCGACCUUUGAUCAGCGCGUGUUGAGGGUGUGGUCAGACCUAGCCAGGACUGGUAAGGCUUUCAGAAACUUGCGAGUAUUGCUGCUUGGCUGGCAAGAGAAAAUCGACGUCUGGCUUUUCGAAUUGCUUAAGACCUUCCCUCGACUCAAUCUCGUCGUCGUUACGGAUUGCCGCAACAUUCAUCACAAGAACCACAAAGACUGGGAGCAGUCAGCCGAAAAGUUUGGGUGGGAAGUCUGGCCUUCGAAGCGCGGAGUCAAAUAUCUAAGACCUCUCUUCGACGACAGGUCUUUCGUGGUUGGCAACAUCUCGAACCUGCAUGCUGAGAGUGUUGCUGUUGCCAAGUCCAGGACUGACGCACUUCCCGUUGCUCGGAGUCGACCCCUACUGGAGUGUUGGCUUGGAACACCUAGGGUGUGGAAACACAUUGUCGAGGAGUUUCCUGGUACGAGAACAGUCUUGUUGCAGAGAAAAUCACUGGAGAAAGGCAUACCGUCAGAGCGUGCCAGCGGCAAAGAGGCAGGAGGAAAGAGGGAACCGAGCAGUCCCGCGUCAACGACGGCUACUAAGCGCAUGCAUAAAGAAGCGCGUCGAAGAACGCUUCCGCAGGAGUAA